GCGUACGCGGACGAGCGCCGAAAUAUCGAUCGUCUUAGAGAUCCCGGGGUGGCGCCAUAUUGGAUCGAAAGAUCGAGCAGCCCUGGGAAAACCGAUCGCCGGAUAUCGGGAAUAGAUCCCAGCGGGAGACCGACAGCCCCCCCCCCUCCCCGAGGCGGGCCCCGGGAACUAGGGUCUCGGCCGCCCCUAAGCUCUCUCCGAAGGGAAGGCCUGGCGGCAGUCGCAGGUCUCCCCCGCCCCGCCCCGCCCGGUUUCAGCUUCGUGACCGCAGACGAGGGCCCGGGAGCCGACGUCGAGCAUGUUUCACGGGAUCCCAGCCACCCCCGGGAUGGGAGGAGCACCUGCCUCCUGAGCGCGGGGAAGACCCGGCACCUGCUCCGCGCUGGAUCGGAUCUAGUGUCUGUUUCUUUGUUUUCAGCCCCUGGGAAUAAGCCGGAGCUGUACGAGGAAGUAAAGCUGUACAAGAAUGCCCGGGAAAGGGAGAAGUAUGACAACAUGGCAGAGUUAUUUGCUGUGGUGAAGACGAUGCAAGCCCUGGAGAAGGCGUACAUAAAGGACUGUGUCACCCCUAAUGAGUACACAGCAGCCUGUUCCCGACUUCUUGUCCAAUACAAAGCCGCCUUCAAGCAGGUUCAAGGCUCAGAAAUCAGUUCCAUUGAUGAGUUCUGCCGAAAGUUCCGUCUUGAUUGCCCACUAGCAAUGGAGAGGAUCAAGGAGGACCGGCCAAUCACUAUCAAGGAUGACAAGGGCAACCUCAACCGAUGCAUUGCUGACAUUGUCUCACUCUUUAUCACUGUGAUGGAUAAACUACGGCUAGAAAUCCGUGCGAUGGAUGAGAUCCAGCCUGAUCUUCGAGAAUUAAUGGAGACCAUGAACCGCAUGAGCCAUUUGCCUCCUGACUUUGAGGGCCGACAGAAAGUCAGCCAGUGGCUACAGACUUUGAGUGGCAUGUCAGCUGCAGAUGAGCUGGAUGAUUCUCAGGUCCGACAAAUGCUGUUUGACCUGGAGUCUGCCUACAACGCCUUCAACCGCUUUCUGCAUGCCUAAAGCCGGGGCUCUUGGUCCGUCCCACUCCAGUAUAGUUUGAGACCCAGGACCAGGACCAUGGUUUAUAGGGCUAGGGUCACUGAAUUGUGGGGUAGGGCUUGGGAGGGGACCCAGCUUAGGGUUACAUGAGAAUGCUUUUCCUUCACCCCUUCAAGAAAUGAUUGUAAGUGGUGACCUGGGGUUCAUUCCCACCAGAGCAUUCUGCUUGGGCUGGUCCCAGCCCUAGUAACCCAGGGUGCAUUAACACAAUCACUCUAGCUCACAGAUGGUGUAUGAGGCAGGGCAUCAGGGGCUCUUGGGUUCUUUGGAGAAUGCUUUCUCCUCCUCUUUCCUUCUUUCCAAGUCCACAUAACCCCCUUCUCCCCCUGAUCAUUUUAAUCUCUGUUCCUUGGAAGAGGGAGGAAUGUGUGGGGAGUUAAGCAGGUAGUAACCUGUCUUGUCCCACUGGUUUCUCAGAAUGAAAACUGCCCUGUAUCUGGAGUCAAGCUGAGUUCAAAUCCAGCCUCAGACACUUCUUGGUGUGUGACCCCUGAACAAGUUAUUUAACCUCUCUCAGCCUCAGUUUCUUCCAUUGUAAAUUGUGAAUAAUAUCAGCAUCCACCUCACAGGGUUUUUGUGAAGAUCAGCUAAGAUAAUAUUUGUAAAAAACACAGCCCAGUUCCUCACAUAUAGUAAGCACCAUAUAGAUGCUUAUUCCCCUCCCCUUUAUAUGUUACUUUCCAUGCACUGGAAUUUAAUUUAUACCCAUUAGACACCUUGAGACUUUAAUUCUGUACCCUUUUCUAUGGAAGGUUCUGCUGAACCAAGUCAACCCGACUUCCCUAAAGCAGUUACAGCAUCAGUUACUUGUCUUUUUAUCAUGAUCUUCUUGGAUCCAGCCCUGUCUGGGGCUUAGAGGGUAGUUCAUUUGGUACUCCAAGCCUACCUCCACAAAAGUAGAAUUUAGGCAUAUAUGUUAGCUGAUGUAAAUUAAUCACUGUAUCCAGUCUGAUAAUCCCAGAGAUCUUCCGUUUCCAGGGAAAUCUGUCUCCAGUCUGUAAUCCCCAUUAAACCUAAAUUUCCACUUUCUACCCAUGGUUCUGCCCUCUGUUAAUAUAUAGGGCUAUUUAUAGUCCUCCCUGUGUGAGUAUAAACAGCUCUAGCAGCUCUGAUUCCUGUUUUCCAGGGUCAGUUGGCCUUGAUCGUAAGCUACUAUGUACUCCAACUCCCAGAGGGGAACAGGAUCAUUCUUGCUGUGAGCAUUUGCUCCAUCAGAGAGGGUAGAUUGGUUAGACCACUUUAGGAGGGAGCUGUGCAUUGGAUGGAUAAUCGAUUAGAUGACCCCUAAAAUCUCUUUCCAACUCUUGAUUCAUGAGUGUUGGGCACUAGCCCACUAUCCUUGUACUCGAGUUCGAAAUGAACAAGAGCCUUUCACACAAGAAACUUUGACCCCAUUAGAUGACUGAACAGGUGAAUAGGGCAGAGAUCACCAGAUUAUUAACACUAGAAGGACCAGGUUCAUUAAUUGACAAAAUUUUUUAUUAUAAUUUUAUUUUGAAAUAAAAAUUUUCAUUAUGUGGUGUUAUUUCUUUUACCUUAUGGAUAAAAUAAGAUGUGUCAAUCGAUGCAGCCUGGUCUUUUGAGAUAUUCUUAAAUUCUGGUUCUUCUAGUACUAAGUAAGGAAUGAAAAAACUAAGUCCAGACCUAGAUGAGACUAAUUUUUUAAAUGUUAAACAUUUUCAGAGUGACCAAUCCUAGCCUUACUAUGGGACAUGGGCACAAUGACAGACUAGAUCUCUGUAAAAGUUGGUUGAACUUUGACCUCCACACCACCUUCCUCAUCUGCUCUCUAGAUGGCCACCAACAGAUAAAAUUCAGAAAAACCCUCUAAUCCCUCUUUACCAUUCUUUUCUCCUUGCAUUUUUCCUCUUCUCUCAGACCUUUCUCAGAGGUCAACAAGCAUUUAUUUACUACAGUCUAGGUACUAUGGGGAACACAAAAUAGAUGAACACAUGGGUCCAUCUCUCAAGAAGCUUUUAGUCAUAUUCAUUUUUUUAAAUUAAUUAUUUUGGGGCAGCUAGGUGGUGCAGAGGAUAAAGCAUUGGUCCUGGAUUUAGGAGGACCUGAGUUCAAAUCCAUUCUCAGACACUUGACACUUAGUAGCUGUGUGACCCUGGGCAAGUCACUUAGCCCUCAUUGCUCCACGAAAAAAAAGGAAAAAAAAUUAAUUAUUUUCUGAUGCAGAUUCUCUCCCACUCCCCAGUUGAGACGGCAAGCACAACAAAACCUCUGUUACAGACAUACAUAGUCAAGCAAAACAAAUUGCCCCAUUAGCCAUGAUUUUAAAAA